AUGAGCUACUACGACCAGCAGAAGGCGGCGCCACCAGGUACCCGCGGCGGCCCUCUUUCUAUAGAUUAUAACGGUCGGCUGGAUCCUGCCGAGGUGAUGAUUUGACUGAAAAAAAUUCCUUCUUUGAUGUUCCGCAGCCUACCCACCGCCGCCCCCGGCUGAGGGAUACCCCGCCUACGUAGCGCCACCGCCGGCGGGAUACCCCAUGAAGGAGGGAGCUCAGUACCCUCCUCAGGGCCCCGUGGAGACCAGAGAUAGAGGCGAUGGCUUCUGGAAAGGAUGGUGAGCUUCUUCUUCCUCUCCCUUCCUCUCCUUCCACCUUUCGUGGCUUCUUCUGGGUUCCUCCUGAACACCGUCUUCCGCCAUUGUUUCUGCAGCUGUGCCGCCUUGUGCUGCUGCUGCCUGCUGGAUAUGUGCUUCUGA